AUUGGGGAUUUUACAUCAGAGCUCCGACUCCUAGGUUAAUGGCCUUACUGGGCUACGAAGUCAACCUGUUUCACUUAUGCUGCUUUUUAACAACACUUUGUUAUCUCAUUGACAGGAAUUGGCCGAUGUUGUGCCUACUUUCCGAUUGCUCUCCUGAUGAACCAGUAUUUCAAAGAGAACUAUGUUCUAAUGAACACCAUAGCAUCAUAUGGUUCAACAGCAGGCGUAAUGUUCCUACCUGUCAUCGCUGAGCGAUCGCUAGAAGCGUACGGUUACUCUGGAGUUUUCAUGAUUCUUGGAGCAAUCAUGUUUCAUAAGGUUGCAGGGGGAGCGGCCAUUCGGAAACCAAUCUUCAGCGUGAAAAAUAACACCACUGGACAAAAUGGUAGAGAUCAAGAUCCGUCGGAGGUAAUCCGUCAUGAACCGUCGGAGGAUGACGAUGAGGAAGAUGGUAUAGAAGGAGGUGAUCAAAUGCCCACAUCGAAAGAUGAACCGAGAUAUGAUACGGACCAAGGCCAGGCACUGGCAGAAAACCGUUUUCAUACCAAGGAAAACCUUGAAAAUACGGAGACACUAAAUGCUGCAAUCGUAAUAAAUGAUACAAAAAGAUACGAGGAGGAUAAAGGGGUUUUAAUUGACGAUGAUAACUGUGAGGAACGCGUUUCUUUGCUCAAUAGUGCAUGUGAUCAUCCUGGUGAGGUGGGCGAUCUUCCUAAUGCUUCAAGAUCUGGUCAAAAUGAUAGUGAGAAAUAUAAUUUCUGCUCAUCAUUUAUAUCUCGCUGCAAAAUGUUUAUGACCAAGGAAGCUCUGUUCCUAAUGUGCCUCCCAGCGAAUUACUUUCGUGCCUAUUCGUUCGGAGCCUGGGUGUUGUUCCUGGUGCCUCACGCAGAACAGUUAGGCAUCACCCCAUCUCGAGCUGUCUUUUUGUCUUCAAUCGGUGGAAUCAGUGGGAUUAUAGGCAGGACAAUUGCAGUUAUUCUCCUCGUUAAGAAAGUACACAUGCUCAAAAUCUACAUCACCGUUGGUUUUAUUACCAGCUUGUCAUUUUUCCUGGAUUUCGUCGGUGAAUCAUUCAUCAUUCGUUCAGUUUGGGCAUUUAUUCAGGGCCUCUGCUUUUUUGUUCUGGAUACUUCAGACGCAACUUUUCUUAAACUGACGUUGGUAGAUGAAAGCAACUUCAGUUUCGGCCUUGGACUGGUGAUGUUGAUGCACGGCUCUGGUAAUAUCUCGGCAGGGUUACUCACAGGAGCUUUGUUUGACGUCAUCCAGUCUUAUACCAUCGUCUUUAUGAUGACUGGAAUCCCUGUUUUGUUCUUCACCAUUAACACUGUAGUCAUAUCGGUACUGUUAAACAGGAGAGUCAAGUCCAAACAAGUUUAGCAUCGCUCCGGUCAUGAUUGAUUCAGAGGAAUCCUCUCUUCACCCAGGAGCUUUGUUUGACGUCAUCCAAUCUUAUACCAUCUUCUUCGUGAUCACUGGUAUACUUGUGGUGUUACAUAUUGCUCCGGUUGUCUCAUUUUCGCUCGC